AAGCAAAAUUACAUGUUCUAAAUUCUACAUCUUGCUUUGCCAGGGGAGUGAGGACUGCUGAGAUGAAGCUGCCUUCCCAUUUUGCUACAUUUGCCUUUCUGUUUCUACAUUUCAUUCCAGACGCCAUUGCUGAUCUAGAUUCAGAUAAGCAGGCCCUCUUAAGAUUUUCAGCCACGGUUCCUCAUGGACGGAAACUUAACUGGAGCCCUUCUAUUCCAGUAUGCACGUCAUGGAUCGGCAUCAAUUGCACCGAGGAUCGUUCCCGUGUGAUAGGUCUCCAUCUUCCUGGUGUUGGACUACACGGUCCAAUUCCAUCCAACACACUUGGAAAGUUGGAUGCUUUAAUGAUCCUCAGCCUCCGGUCGAAUCGCCUAAACGGUAAUCUUCCGUACGAUGUACUCUCCCUUCCCUCUCUCCGUUACGUAAACCUUCAGCACAACAACUUUUCAGGUCGCAUCCCUUCAUCUCUGUCUCCCAAUUUGAAUUUCCUUGAUCUCUCCUUCAACUCCAUUGCAGGCACCAUUCCAACCACAGUUCAGAACUUAACAAACCUUACCGGUUUAGACCUCCAAAACAACUCCCUUAUAGGACACAUCCCCAAUCUCAAUCUUCCAAGACUUAGGCUUUUGAAUUUGAGCUUCAACAACUUAAAUGGAACUAUCCCAUCUUCCCUCAGCAAGUUCCCUGCUUCUUCCUUUGUAGGAAACUCCAUAUGUGGCGCUCCACUGAACCAGUGUCUCACAAUCAACCAUCCUUCCCCUUCCCCUUCCCCCACUUACUUAACUCCUUCAACAUUACCAGGGGAUACAGGCAAAAAACUGAGUACAGGUGCCAUAAUUGCCAUAGCAGUUGGAGGUUCAGCACUGGUUUUCUUCAUGUUGCUCUUUGUGAUACUUUUCUGCAUAAAAAGAAAGAAUUGUCAAGUUAGCCUUGCAUCAAAAGGGAAGAGUUUAAGGAGUGAGAAACCGAAAGAGGAUUUCGGGAGUGGGGUGCAGGAGGCAGAGAAGAACAAGCUGGUUUUCUUUGAAGGUUGCUCGUUUAAUUUCGAUUUAGAGGAUUUGUUGAGAGCUUCGGCUGAAGUGCUGGGGAAAGGGAGCUAUGGUACGACGUACAAGGCCGUUUUGGAGGAAGGAACAACAAUGGUGGUGAAGAGGUUGAAGGAAGUGGUUAUUGGGAAAAGGGAGUUUGAACAACAAAUGGAAAUCGUGGGAAGGGUUGGUCGGCACCCGAAUCUUGUGCCUCUACGUGCUUAUUACUAUUCCAAGGAUGAGAAGCUGCUGGUUUAUGACUACAAAGCAGCUGGCAGUUUUUCCUCAUUGUUGCACGGAAGCAGGGAAAGUGGACGUAGCACGCCAGACUGGGAUUCAAGGGUAAAAAUAUGUUUGGGAGCAGCAAAAGGCAUAGCCCAUCUCCAUUCAUCCGGGGGUGGAAGAUUCGUCCAUGGCAACAUCAAGUCCUCCAAUGUCCUCCUCUCCCAUGAUUUACAUGGCUGCAUCUCUGAUUUUGGAUUAACUUCUCUAAUGAGCUCCCCAACCAUCCUGUCCAGACCCGUAGGAUAUCGAGCUCCUGAGGCGAUCGAAACCCGAAAAUUCACCCAGAAAUCCGACGUCUACAGUUUCGGCGUGCUUCUCCUAGAGAUGCUAACAGGCAAAGCAGCAAUAGUCCAAUCAUCGGCACAUGAGGACGUGGUCGACCUUCCGAGGUGGGUUCAGUCAGUCGUGAGAGAGGAAUGGACCGCCGAAGUGUUCGACGUAGAGCUGAUGAAAUAUCAAAACGUCGAAGAAGAGCUGGUGCAGAUGCUUCAGAUUGCAAUGGCAUGUGUGGCAGUGGUGCCGGACAGGAGGCCUAGAAUGGAGGAAGUGACCAAGAUGAUUGAAGAAAUCAGGCCAUUUGACCAGCACUCACUAGAUCAGAGCUCAAAUACUCCAACCCCAGACGUUUAAUGCGAAGCUAUUUAAUUUUGUGGAUGAUUCAAGGUGCUUAAUUUAUUGUGAGUUGUGAGGAUCAAUUAUCCGUGUGAUUAUUUUAGGAUUAGAGCAUACCUAAGAAGUGUAUUUACCAAUAUCUAUUCAGCCAUUCUUCAAUUACUUCACUUUGUUU